AUGGCCAAGGUCAUAUUCACCGCUUGGAAAGAUCAGUCGCAGUUACUUGACGUGCGAAGCGAAUUCUACCCGUCAGCUUCAUAUGAAGGCCCAGACUUGCGCUCACACGCCUGUGCCACAGUUGAGGCAUGGAAGCUGCGCGGCAAUGUCCCGCAUCAUGUUGAAGCAACUGCGCUGCUGACAGACGCGAUUCUUCACGACGAUGCCCAGCACAACUCGAUUUUUUCUAUUCGAGCCACUUACUCGGCGGCCUUUUGUCGAUUUGUGACCGGCCUUGUGGACUCAAAAGUCCAGGGCCCGCGCAAGACCAUGUUUCAACGUGCUGUUGACCUGGGGUUGCCUGCCUCAUUUGUGGAAUUACGCCAUGAGGCAACUCACCGUGAACCCCCCUCGUUAGUUGUGCUGCGUAAGGCCUCACAGCGGUCCCUCGAAUGGCUUUGGGACAACUACUGGGCCGGAAUUGAAGAGCUGGGGGAUGUGCCAAUGAUUGAACGCAACGAUACUGCUUCCAUCAGGUCUACCCUGGGUGAUAUCCUGCGGAAAUUUUCAACUGGAUCGGAGCAAUCGCAAAAGAAGCGGAAGCGGGAUGAGGAUGAUGAACUUGCAACCCAACUCAUUUCGAGAUGCGCUGCGUCAGAUGAAGGGUUGAAAUUGCUGCCUGCUGUUCUGUUGGAAGAGUCAGUGUUGAUUGAUUCUGAACGACAACUCGGAGAGUCUUUAAAUAAGGCUUUCAAGCAUUGGGAUCCCGUCCUUUUGAAAGUAACUGAAAGCAGUUCUUUUUUCUUCACUCAUUUUGCCGAAGAGCUGGUAAACAGACUGGCCUUCGAUCCCGCAAUUGAAUCGCCGCAGAAUGCAUACGCAGAAGCACUCUACUCAUGGCUAAACCAUAUAUCGACAUCGUCUAUCUGGGGGAUUUAUCGACCAUUUUUCCCGCGCAGUUAUGUUUUAAGCGUAUGUGAACAGUGCUCUAGCCACUGGACUCAGGCGCUUAGCAAGGAACUGGAGAAGAAGGGCAAGGCUACCAAAGCUACUCCGAUCACAAGCGGUAACUCUUUCAAGUCGAAGAGAACAUCAUCGAAGAGCUCCAUGCCUGUCGAGGCUAACAUAACAUCGAAGCUCAGCGGGCAUGGAUGGGAGCCCCUUCAAAAGUGGGACAGUCGGCCUUUCGGGAUAUCUUCAAUCAACUAG